AUGACAGAACGCGGAGUACGAAUAGAUGUUUAUUCCGCCGUCGGUCUCAGUGCCAACCGGACCCCGUCUGCUCGCGGCAAGUUCACCGUCGGGUGCCUGUACGAGUCGCAUUCGUGCAGGGGGGUGAAGGACGCGAGUGAGACCCCGCCACGGACCCCUCGACCGACCACUGUGCUUCUGCGCCGACAGCAGCAUGGUCUCGACAGGGUUCGACGGCAGCAGAGCGACCAAGUUCCCCAGAACCCUCUCUCUCCACUCGCAGCCGUUCGAAGCUGA